AUGGAGGUCGAUCAGACUGGAAACGCGGGAGAGCUAAGACCCGUCGCCGAACAUUUGGCCGGCCGCGGCGACCAGGCGGGGGAUGAAGAGACCCUCUUGAAGCUGGGAAGUUUCGGGGAUCUGGAAUCUGCAGGGAAUGUCUUUCGGUGUAUAGUUGAUAAAGAUGAUGUCAUGUGGAAUUCGAUGAUUUUUGGGAGUUUGAAGAACCAUAGAAUCGGGGACGCUCUCCGCAUAUUCAGCGAGAUGCUUGCAUCUGGUGUUUCUGCAACUCAGUUCACGUAUUCAAUUGUCCUGAAUGCUUGCGCAAAGUUAGAACAUCAUGCCUAUGUUGGAUCAUUGAUGGCCAAGCAAUCGUCUCUGGCACCACCUUUGAUCUGCCUAUGGAGAAUGCCCUGCUUGACAUCUGCCAUUUUUGCAACAGGAACAUUCUUAGUCAAUGACUGUGGGAAGGCUCUUCAUGGUCAAGUCAUUAAAGCGGGAUUUGAAAGUAGCUUCUAUGUCAGAACUAUGCUGAUUUCCGUGUACUUUACAAAUGGAGAAAAUGGUUCUCAAACAAGGAGAGAUGAUACACUCCUUGGCGGUAAAACAGGAUAUGAUGUCGACAUGGCUGUCUACGGCAGUCUAGUUGACAUUUGCUUGGUGAAUGAAGGGAAGAACUUAUGGAAUUGCAUGAGAAGCUUUAACCUUAGGCCAGGCCCUAAGCAUUACUCAUGCAUGGUCAGUUUGCUAAGCCAAGCAGGAUUAUUGGAAGAGGCAGAGGAAAUGAUUAACAAAGCACCAUUCUAUGAUGACCAUUUUGAAUUGUGGAGAACCUUGCUUAGCUCGUCUAUAAAUUAUCAGAAUUUGCGCAUGGGAAUUCGUGCUACUGAGCACGUUCUAAGUUUGGAUGUGGAAGACACUACAACUCACAUCUUGCUCUUUAAUCUUUACGCUGCUGCAGGGAAGUGGGAUGUUGUUGCAGAAACAAGAUGA